AUGAACUUAAAAACUCUUUUUGCUGCUUUUGUUUCUCUAGGCUCGCUUGUUAAUGCACAGACGAUAUCCUCUAACACAGUGACCUAUGGAUCUACAAUACAAAUUGGAGAUACCAUUAUUGAACCUGGUGUUUACUGGUCGAUUAUAAACAGUGCAGUCAACGUUUUCGCAGGUAACGUCGUAGUUAAUUCUGGCAGUGGUUUCUUUAUUUCUGCUGAUAAUCCGCUUAUUGCAUUGUCGAUUUCAUUUGCAGGAGUUCUCAAUGAUUUUACCAAUAACGGAGGAACCAUAGUUUUUUCAUCCCAAAAUGGUUUAACAGGUCCGCUGUAUAAUAUAAUUGCGGCAGCAUUCCGUAAUACAGGUAAUAUCUUCUAUUACGCUAGUGGAAGUGUAUUAACCGCUACGUAUAACUUGAAUUCAGUUUCGUGGACUAAUGAUGGUUUAAUUGCACUCUACCUGGAUGCACUAAUUGGUCAGUUCACUACUUUAGGGUCUAUUGGCUUUCCUAUUCAAAAUAAUGGUCAAAUUUGUUUGCUUAAUCAAGUCUGGCAGCAAACUACUGCCGUCCAGGGUUCAGGUUGUAUUGACGUUGGUGUUAGUUCAAACGUUUGGAUUUCAAAUACAUUGUUAAGUUUCGAUCCAAACCAAACAAUUUACUUGAGUACUCCUUCAUCCGUUCUUAGAGUUGCAUCCUUAGCGUUUGCGCAAACAUUCAAAGUUGCUGGAUUUGGAGGCGGAAAUGUAAUUGGAUUAGAUUUACCAAUCACUGGUAGGAGUUAUAAUGCCGCUACAGGUAUCUUAACGCUAUCAACAGGUAUAUUUCCCUUGCAAUUAUCACAACACUUUAAUAUUGGGCUUGGUUACGAUCCUAAUGGAUUCUCAACUAUCACUUUCAGUUUUGGUUCCUUGUUUCUCCCUACAAUCAAUAGUGCUGUGACCUACUCCGGUCCAAUUCCAGCUGGUUCUACUCUGCACGCUGCUUGCAGACCAUGCAUUCCAGUCCCAACUAUCCCAACAAGUUCAACCUCAUCGAUUGCAUCGUCAUCAACUGCACCCCCAGCAAGUUCUUCAUCAGUUGAAAGUAGUUCAUCAGCGACAAGUUCUUCAUUAGUUGCAACUAGUUCAUCAGUUUCAAGUUCUUCAUCAGUUGAAAGUAGUUCAUCAGCGACAAGUUCUUCAUCAGUUGCAACUAGUUCAUCAGUUUCAAGUUCUUCAUCGAUUGCAAGUAGCUCAUCAGUUACUAGUUCAUCAGUUGUAAGUUCGUCAUCGUUUGCAACUAGUUCAUCAGUUGUAAGCUCUUCAGUUGUAAGCUCUUCAUCAGCUAUCGCUAGCUCUUCAUCAGUUGCAAGUAGUUCAACAUCAUCAGUGGUAAGUCCCUCAUCCAUCGCAAGUAGUUCAUCAUCAUCAGUGGCAAGUUCUUCAUCGGUAGCAAGCUCUUCACAUGUGUCAAGCUCACUGUUUGAAAGCUCUUCAUCAGCUAUUAGUGGCUCGUCUUCAGUUGCAAGUUCUUCGCUGAUCCCAAGUUCAUCGUUAGCCCAUAGCUCUUCAUCAGAUAUUACUGGCCAGUCAUCAGUUGCUACUUCUUCAUCGGUUCAAAAGUCCUCUGUCGCUUCUUUCACCUCUGCAACAAGCCCUAGUUUCCAAAAUUCGACAGAAGGCAGUACUAAAACUGUUUCUCAAUCAACUACAUUCGCUGCUGUGACUUCUGAAAUAGUAACCACCAUAUCCAGUUCUGGUCCAGGGUCUGGUCCAGGAUCAGGUUCAGGUGGCACUGCAGGUUCAGGUUCAGGUUCAGAAGGUACUGUAGGGUCUGGCUCAGGCUCAGGUUCAGGUUCAGGUGUAGGUGUAGGAUCUGGUUCUGGUUCAGGAUCUGGUUCUGGUUCAGGUUCAGGAUCUGGUUCUGGUUCAGGUUCAGGUUCAGGUGUAGGUUCAGGUUCAGGUUCAGGUGUAGGAUCUGGCUCAGGCGCAGGAUCGGGCGCAGGAUCGGGCGCAGGAUCGGGUUCUGGCUCAGGUUCUGGAUCAGGUUCUGGAUCAAGUUCAGGUUCAAGUUUAGGCUUAGGUACAGCAGGUUCAGACUCGGGCGCAGGUUCAACUCCAGCUGUAGUGACUUAUGGAAAUAGCGGCUCCAUCCUAAAGGUCACCAAUAGUAUAGGAUUAUUUGCCAUAUUUAUAUCUUUCUUAUUUUAA